UUGCUAGGUCAGUUUCAUCUUUGGUCAGUUAGCGAGCAAGGUGGCAUAUGGAAACUUCUACAGUUGGUGCCUGCGCAGUGAGGAAGAUGAGGUUCUCUGUUGGCAUCUUUCUACUGGUUUGCUUCACUCUGAUGGGGCUUGGAUCAGCCAUUCGUUGUUACAGCUGUAAAGAUUACACGGCCAGCUGUUCCAAACAACGAGACUGUAGCUAUGACGACGCCUGUCUGACGCUCACAGAGAGAGGAGGGAUGACGUUCCGCCAGUGCCUCAAGUAUUCCGACUGCGAGUACAGUCGACUGGGACAGAUGUUCCCGCAGGUGUCCUCUUUUACUUUCAAGUGCUGCAACUCCGAUUUGUGUAACUCCGCCCACUCUGCUGCAGCCACGUCUGCCGUCGGUGCGAUGGCGUCGGUGGUGGUCACAUGGUGGCUGACUCGCUGACGUGGGCGUGCUCGUCAUUGACUUCAUCAUUGAAUGUGGCACACACUGAUGUGAUGGAGCUGCUUGAUUAACCAACGCUAGCCGAGAAGACGAGGACUUCAGCUCAUCAAUGCUACCACUUGUUGACCUCAUGUGUUCACUCACACUGCGUCACCUCACUACUUCAUCUUCUCAUAACUACCGUCAGCCAAAUAAAGCCUACAAAGGUGAA